AUGACUUCGGCCUUUCGAGAAGAAGCAUCUCACUUCGAGCCAGACAGUCCUACCGUCUCUGUACAUGGCGGUAGAGGCGGUGCUGGCGCAGUGGCCUCGGAUGCGCCGUUGAGGGGCAGUGGCGAUGCUUCCUCAGCCGACCAUGUUCAGGAGAAGACAGCGGCGGCCACCACUCUGACGAAGAGGCAGAAAGUGAAGCGCCACUGCGGACGGUUCAAGUGGUGGUAUGUGAUAGGAACUAUCAUCUUGCUCGCCAUCUUGUUGCCAAUCCUCUUCUUGGUGAUCAUUCCUGCCAUCGUGCGGAACAUCGUCAGCAAACAGUCGCUGCCCAUAAACGGUGGCACCUUUAGAGCUCUGUCGGCCACGCAACUCAGCGUCUCCCUCAGCACAGAACUCAACACACCACUCCCUGCGGAUUUGGACGCCACGACGCUGUUCCUUUACAACAAGGACACGCCCGAGUUCACGCCCUUCCUAAACAUAACGCUCCCGAAGCAGCAUAUUGACGGCAAGACCGACGUCGUCGUCAGCAACCAGACGGUGACGAUCACCAACGAGACCGAGCUCGUCUCAUGGUUUAGUAAGGUGUUCGACCAGCCCGAUGUGCAGCUGUCGGUGCGCGGCGAUGCGACGGUACGCCUCGGCAAGCUGCACUCCAAGGCGCACAUCGACAAGACGGUGACGGCGAGCUCGCUCAAUCAGCUCAGCGGCUUCGGCAUCGAGCACCUAACGGUGAUACUGCCGGCUAUUGAGGAGAAUGGCACCAACAUCCAGGGCACGGUCAACCUGCCGAACUCGGGCGUGCUGACCCUCGGGCUCGGCGACAUCUCGCUCAACCUCAUGGCGGGCGACGUGCGCAUCGGGCUCAUCACCCUCAACGACGUGCUGCUGCCGCCGGGCAACAACAGCUGGUUCUUUAGCGGCGAGCUGUUCAUCGGCGCCCUGGUGCAAAAUAUUGGUGCCGUUCUGGCCAGCCAGGGCACCGCCCUCAGCGACGGCAACAUCCAGAUCGACGUCACCGGCAACGCGACCGUCGUCAACGGCGUGCACAUCCCCUUCGUCGAGAAGGUGCUCAAUGCCAAGCGCAUCUCGUCGAGCGUCCCGGUGGUCAAGCUGCUGACGGACCUCGUCGGCAGCUUCACCGGCGGCCUAGACGGCUCGGUCACGGACCUCGUCGGCGAGGUGUUUGGGAAUAGCACCUUGAUCCAGGACGUGCUGAGCCACUGGAACACGACGGGGGCUCUGGGAAAUCUGAAUAGUGCCAGUAUUGGUGGCGGAAGCGGCAAUUUGACUGCGGCGGCGGCGCUGCAGAAGAGGUUCAAGAGGGCGCCGCUCUCGGUGCCGAAGGGUCUUAAUGGGCCGGCCGCGCUGAACUUGCUGAAGCUGGGUAUGAGGAUGGGCUUGUCGAAGCAUUGA